AGAAGAAACAUUAGGGUUAAAGAGACAUACUCUGUUUUAGUCCUGUUGAGUUGCUCCACAAGUAGGCACUCAUGAUAUGCCGUGUCAUCAGGCUUGUAAUUGUGGUGUAAUCUGUGAUGUCAGUGGUUCCUAGGGUAUUCAAAGCUGCAGAGGGCCAUGGUGACAGUCAUACCUUUUCAACACUGCAGCCAACAACUAGACUUACCAUCAAGCUACGUUGGAAGUCCCCUAUUUAAUUUAUCUUUUAGAGUGUGAGAAAUAUGAGUGACACAAAAUCAACAUCUUCAGCCACAGGAGGAGGAAAUGCACAAGAACUUUUUCAAGAGGAAAUUGAGCCUGUGGAAAUACAUCAGUCUGGUGGUGGGCCUCAACCAGAAGAGCCAGCAGUUCAAGGUCAGAAUAUUCCACCUGGUCAGGAGGUGGAGGAAGAAGGAGCACCCGAGGCUGAAGGGCCCCAUGUGGCAUCUGAUGUCCAGGAACAUUUUCAGCCUGACCCUGGUGAUAUAUAUGAAAAUGGUCCUGAAAUCAAUGGGACAGAACCUCCUAACUAGAGCACUACAAUGCCAAAAGCAGGUGAAGGACAUGCAGACGUUCAAAUGGAGACAACCAGAACCCUGCCAGCUGUUCUUGUAUCAGUUGUUUGACUUCCAGUUCCCUCAAUAAACUUUAUAGUUCCCUGUGGAGAAAGCUUGGGUGUCUUCUCACU